AUGUCAGCUGAAUUAUUAAAAGAAGUAUCACCAUCGGUUGCAAAAGUAGCCAGUGGAAUCUGGGCGAAAUCGAUCGAGCAAGACGGCGCUCAACAAUCGGACAACCCAACACAUCCAUAUACAGUGACACUGGUACAGCAAUAUGCACCACCACGUGCCAUAGUUGAGCGUUUCGAGCUGCGUCGAAACGAGCUCGAGCGUUCGAUGCCAGCCGGCAAGCGUCUGGAGACUCUCAAUUGCUUCUUUGUGCCGUCGUCCGAGGGUCAGCUGCGCAAGCUGAUCAUCAACGGCUGGCUCGCCACCUUUGAGAGCGCCGCCGACAUUGUCUUCUACCAGAACGCCAACAAAGCGAUUCAGGAGCAACAGGUACCGUAUCCACUGAUGGUCGUUGCACGUGUGUGUUUGGGACGCGAGGGAAUCGAUCAUACCGUUGCCAACGGUCGUAUUAGAGUACGUGAUCUGUCGUCGGUGAUCACCUCGUUCCUACUGUCGUACAAGACAGCCAGCAGCACUGGCACCAAUGGAUUGUCAAGCAGUGGAGGUAGUGCACCACCAUCGCCAUUCAAAGUCAACGUUGAAUCACCAUCUGCAUCACCCAUUAAAUCACCAAUAUCAAAACCACUGUAUCCAUCCGGACAACUCUCUGGCGAUGGUAAAACAUGUCCAUCUUGUAACCGUGAGAAUGCAGGCAACACAAGAUAUUGUGUAAGAUGUGGUGGUCAUCUAUAA